AUCAGUAUGAAAUGUAUAAUUACACUGUAACAAGGACACCUUAAAAUAAAGUGUAACCCUUUUUUGCAAGAGCAUUUUGACAUUUAGCCACAUUUCAGAGACUCCGCGUUAAUCUUGUUGGGAUGUAUGAGAGAUUCACAUGUUCACUAUUACGGUUUGCAGCUCCAGUUAUUUCAUUAGAAAGUUUCCCAGACAAGCAGUGCAGUGUUUGUCCCGCUGCUAUGGACACGUGAUGGAUCUGAAUAUCAAGGUGUAGGAGUCAUUUCCAACCUUAGAUUUACACGUGUUUCUGGUGAACGCGGCAGUUGACAGUGGAUGCAUUCUUGCGAAGUCAUGGGUGCUAGUUGGACACACCUCUGGAGGGAGGAGUUCAGAGUUCACAAACUCCACCUUCUUCCUUCUGAACCAGAGCUUUUGCUUCAGCCACGGUGGGAUAUUCCUCCAUUAUUGUGGCUUCUGUACAGAUGUUUUAUGCUGGUCUACACCGUCAGCUGGUUGAUCUACACGGCUCUUCUCUUCAACACACCUAAAUUCCUCAUUUUUCUUAGCCAUAUCUCGUACUCUCUCAUGGUGAUCUACUAUCUGGUUGCGCUCAAUAAUCUAGCCUGGGCUUUCUUGGAGGUCAGAUGCUCCUCACACAGAAUGAAAAGAGGGGUCAGUACUGAGUGUGACACCCUCCUCUCUCCUCCCGUGGCUCUCACCGCUGCUCUCUGUCUGCAGUGGUUCCUGCAUUCAGUGGUGGGCUGUUGUUCAUUAACCGUCUCCUUACUCUACUGGACCAUAAUCCACCCCUCAGACCAGCACUCCCUCACAGCCUUCAACAUCAACAUCCACUUCAUCAACAGCAUCCAGACCGCCGUGGAUCUGCUGCUGUCCUCCACACCCGUACAUCUCACCCACUUCUUCUACGCCGUGCUGGCAGGAGUCCUUUAUGUCAUAUUUGCUGUUGUUUAUUGGCUAUUGGGCUGCACCAAUCUGUUUGGUCAACCCUACAUCUACAGCAUUCUUGAUUUCAGUGGGUGCCCCCUAGUGGCCACACUUUGCAUUCUGGGAGUUUGUCUGCUUUGUUUACCAUCCUGCCACUUUGUGCUGUGGAACAUGCAGUUACUGAGGGAGUGGAUGGUGAGCAGGGAGAAAGCGAGGAGAAUGGCUCUGAACAGAGAGGUUUGGUGGUGGGUGAAGGUAUCUGGAGGAGCAACCUUUGACCUCGUACCUUCACUGGAUCCAGCAGACUCUGUGUUUGAGCCUAGAGGACAACCGUGAUGGAGGACCAGCAGUCACAAUCAAUCACUCUUGUUUGAGGCAUUUCGGGUCUGUCCGAAUGUACAUUUCCCUAUUUUAGCAAGCAUAUCUUGAUUUUAAAGGGGGCAUAUCAUGAAAAUAUCUGUGUUUAAGUGCUAUAAUCGGGUCCCCAGUGCAUCUACCAACCCAGAAAACGUGAAAAAGGACAACCCCGUAACCUUGUUUUGGUAAGGCUAUCUCUACAAGCAUGUGAAAAAACGAGCCGUUCAGAUUUUGCUCCCCUAGUGACGUAGGAAGGGGAUCUUAUUAUAAUAUUACCGCCCCUUAAUCUGUAUGUUUCCACCCAUUUGGUUUCGAAGCGACAACGGUGUACCAGUAACACUGGUCCUGGAGUGUAGCUGUCCUGCACAGUUUAGCUACAACCCUGAUCAAACACACUUGAAUGUCUUCAGGAUUACUAAAGCUACGUGAAGGAAGGUGAGUUGGGUCGGAGCAAAACUCUGCAGGACAGCAGCACUCAUCCUUGAGUUUGUGAUAUGUCUCAGCUAUGUACACAUUAUCACUGAUCUGUUAAUGGCUAUAAUAGUAAACUCUCCAUAAACUCCUGGCAUCUGAGCCACUAA